CGGAAGACCGACAAUGGAGCCGCGGCGUCCGAAGCACAAGCAGGCACCGCCGUUGGAGGUCUCGCAGAGUGAAUUGGAGCGAGCGCUGAAAGACCCAAAGGUGUAUGUGUUCCCGAACGUGGACGCCGAACGAAUGGCGUUUCCUAACGGUCAGGAAGAUGCUGACCAACUGCGAGUAGUGCACACGCACAUGUCGAUGGUCUUUAUGCUGCCUGAGCGAGUGUACAAAGUGAAAAAGCAAGUGGACUUCGGCUUUGCAGACUUCUCGACACUGUUCAAACGCUUCCAGGCGUGUUUCGCGGAGGUGCAGCUGAAUAAACGACUGGCACCAGAUGUGUACAUGGGCGUAGUGCCAGUGUCUAUGAAGAGAGUGACGCGAGAGAUCUGUGUGCGGUGCGAUGACUUCUGGACACCAGAGAAGAGCAACAACUUGGACUGGUGGCUCAAUGAUCAGUUUGGAGAGAUCGUCGAGUGGGCCGUGCACAUGGUUCGCCUGCCGGAUGACUGUACGCUGCUGUAUCGCAUGGACCACGGGGAGCUGAACCAUCAUAUGCUGGAGCAAGUGGCUGAAAAGCUGGUCGAGUUCCACGCUGAUGCGCGUCGUGGACCGAAGAUCGAUCAUUUCGGAAAAGAAUCCGUGGUCCGCCACCAUAUCGACGAGAACUUUGACCAAACGGCUGCACACACUGGAGUGACAGUAAGUGAACCCGUUUAUCGCCGAGUGAAGGAACUAUCGUACACGUGGUUGAAGAAACUCAAGCAUACAUUCGAGUCACGAGUGGAAAAUGGCUACAUUGGUGAUACCCAUGGAGAUCUACGACUUGAACAUGUAUACAAACUACCUGGAUCGUCGAAGGACGGAACGUUUGUGAUUCUGGACUGUAUCGAAUUCAACGAGCAGUUCCGAUUUGGGGAUCCGCUCUCUGAUGUGGCUUUCCUGACGAUGGAUAUUUGGCGUAAGGGUCGCCCUGAUCUCGCACAUUUCCUACAACAGCAGUAUCUCCUCAAGGCAGUGCAAAACUCGCCUGAAAACAACGAUCUAUUUGCAUUCUACGCUGCGUAUCGCACCGUGGUACGCGCUAAGGUGUGUGGCUUUCGAGUCAUGGACCCCACCUUAGCAGCUGUUCGCCGUGUCGAGGAAACUCAGCGUGCACGUUGCUACUGGUUGGUGGCUCUAGAACUUCUGAGUCCUCCUGCACAGCGGUCUUGCCUGAUCCUUGUUGGAGGCCUCCCUGCCAGUGGCAAGUCCAAUUUGUCUAAAAUGUUGGCAGAAAGCGACAAUACUUUAGUGUGGCUACGCUCGGAUUCUAUUCGUAAGGAACUAACAGAACAAGAAACAACUCAAGAAGAGUCUACACCCAAAGGUGACGGAAGUUUUGAAGAAGGUUUAUACUCUCCGGAGAUGACACGCCGCACUUACGAUGAAGUUUUGAAGCUGUGCGUGAAGCAUUUACGUAAAGGAGACCGUGUAGUGGUCGACGCCACCUUUCGAGAUCUAGAUCAGCGACAGAGAUUUAUUACUACUGCUCGUGUUGAAGGAGCUCUGUUUGCCUUUAUCAUGUGCGAGUGUGAUCGUGAGAUCAUCAAAGGCCGAAUGCUGGCUCGAAAGAACGACAUCUCGGACGCCACGUGGGAAGUUUACGAGCACAUGGAGACAACGUGGAGUUAUCCUGAGCGUGAUACCUUGACUGAGUGCACGGUCGUGAACACGGAAAAGGAGAAAGAACUGACACUACGUCGCGCUCAGUUGUUCCUACGCAAAGUUGGACUGCUAUAACGUAAUUCGGAGGUUAGCACGAGUGAUCGACAUAGUAAUGGGAAGUCUGCUUUGUAUUUGUUUGCAU